AUGCGGCCACCACAGUUGUCGACACAUGGGAAGGCUGGGGCACGUCGCUCUGCUGGUGGGCCAAUGCUUUCGGAGACCGUGAGGACAUUGCCGACCUUCUCUUCACGCAGAAGGAUACCGUCACACUCAAGGGUAAAUCGUCCGGUCUUCCAGCACUCGGUUUCAAUAUUGCCCGCUACAAUGUCGGAGGAUCCAGCAAGAACGUCAUUGACGAUGGCGGUACCGAAAUCGCGAUGA